UUUAGAGAUUUGGGAUUUAGCCAAAGUGAAGGAAGGAGCUGAAGGUGAACCACAACUUGAACAUGAUAAGGCAUGAAAACUCAGCUGACUGCGCUUAACGCAGGUGGCGAAGUUAGAAACUGUGCGGACGAAACGCGACUUUUGACCCAAACAUGAAGACCUUGUUGCUGUUGUUUCUCUUGUGCCACUUUGCAUUUUCAGUGAAACACACCCUGGAGUUCAUGCUCACUUCCUCUUAUGGAAUCAGAGGCAUCCCAGAGUUUGUGGCUGUUGCUCUGGUCAAUGACGUUCAGAUCGGUUACUGUGACAGCAACGGACAACUGCCGCUGGCCAAAACUGAGUGGACGGAUAAAUUCAUGAAAAAGAAUCCUCAGCAUUUGGCGUGGUAUGCCGCCAACUGUUUGCGUAAUCGGCACUCCUUCAAAGCCACCUUGGAGAGUCUGAUGCAGCGCUUUAACCAAAGCGGAGCUGUUCACAUUUUCCAGAGGAUGAAUGGUUGUCAAUGGGAUGACGAGACAGAUGAGGUCAAUGGUAACCUUCAUUAUGGUUAUGAUGGAGAGGACAUCAUAUCAUUUGACCUGAGGACAGAGACAUGGAUCACUCCGAGACAGCAGGCUGUUAUCACCAAACACGAGUGGGACAGAGACAAAUACGGCAAUACAUUUUGGAAAUACGCCCUCAGCCACGAGUGCGUUGCGAGCCUUAAGGAGUAUGUGGACAUCGGAAAGAGCUCUUUGCAAAGAACAGAGCGUCCCUCAGUGUCUCUCCUCCAGAAGUCUCCGUCCUCUCCAGUCAGCUGCCACGCUACAGGUUUCUUCCCCGACAGAGCCAUGAUGUUCUGGAGGAAAGACGGAGAGGAGAUUCACGAGGACGUGGAUGUCGGAGAGAUCCUCCCCAACCACAAUGGAUCUUUUCAGAUGAGUGUUGACCUGUACCUUUCAUCAGUCGCACCUGAAGACUGGAGCAGGUACGACUGUGUGUUUCAUCUCUCUGGUUUGGAGGAGGACAUCGUCACCAAACUGGACAAAGCAGCGAUCAGGACUAACUGGGUUGCUCCCUCAGAGUUUCCUGCUGGCUUUGAAGUCAUCGUCGUUGUAGGAUCGGUGCUGCUGACUCUCGGCAUCGCUGGACUCUUAAUCUGGAGAAGGAACAAUCAUGAUGAGCCUGUGGUCCUUAGUCCAUGUGGCACUGGCCUCCAACAGCUCGUCCCUGUCUUUAAACUGUCUGAUAACAAUCUUGAUGUAUGUAAUAGGGUGAAAUAUCUUGGACAUUUCAGAACAGCAGAAAUGACAGAUGAUGAUGAUUUUCAGAGGCAUUGCCAGACGAUGUACGCUCAGGCAAAACCUUCUCUCGCGGUAAUUUGUUACGUGUUCAAAUGAGGUGAAGAUAUCUUUGUUCACAGCGUUCAGUGCACCACUUUAUACUGCCCACCUGUGGUCUAAGUACAAAAAGACAACUUUACAGAGAUUGCAGGUGGAUUAUAAUAACUCCAUGAGAAUAUUACACCAGAGACCAAGGCGGUGUAGUGCCAGUGAAAUGUUUGUGUCUGCAGGAGUUUAUACCCUCUAAACUGUUUUAAGGAAUCGCAUGUAUAAAUGUAUCUGCUGGCUUAAUGGCACUGAGAAUGAAAUAAUAGCAGCUCUAUCUGACAUAAGGAAUAACACAACACGCCACCAUAUUGAUUUAACUAUUUUUAUGACAUGAUUUUACUUGUAUGUGAUGU